AUGAUUCAACAUCAACCUACUCUUCAUGAAGACGAUGAAUCAAUCACUUAUUCGAAUGAUCAUUUAUUUGAUUCACUCGGUGUUGAUGUCAUGAUUGGAGAAAUAUUUCCACAUUUUGAAGUUGAAACUCUACACUCAAUUUUCACACUAGUAUCCAAGUUUUGGUAUGUGUGUGUUUGUUUGUAUAGAGUGGAGUUUCUAUCAUUGAGAGGAGAAUCGAAUAUUUUAGCUCUUUGUUCGAAUUCUCCAAGAAUGGUGGAAGUCAACAGUUUGGAGUUGAUGCAAUUGAGAGGUGAAACCUUGGUGAUGAAAAGGAUAUUUCUUUCGGAUAAGUGUUUUCCUAAUAGAUUUUCUUCACUUACUAGUCUUUCGUUUUAUGGAUCGAAAAUUGGAGAUUCUUCUCUCAAAUAUUUAACACAUUCGGCUAUCUUACCUAAUUUAACUGAAUUGGAUCUGUAUCACAAUAACAUUACUGAUAAAGGAAUGAAAUCCAUUUGUGAAGGAAAUUUGAAACUUUCCAUUCUGAAACUCAAUUUAAAUCGUGUAGGAGAUUUAGGUUUUGAAUUUCUCAAAAAUUCUCAAAUUUUGAAAGAAAAUUUAAAAGAACUUUACAUGACCUACAAUGAAGUUACAUCAAAAGGAUUGGAAAUUCUGAGCGGAAUGGAAAAUUCACGUCUCGAAACCUUAGUUCUAGUGAGCAACCGAAUAGAAUCGAAUAUUACAAACUUCUGUGCUAGCUCUCUUGCAUCUCAAUUGAAACAUUUAAAUUUGUCAAAUAACUUAUUGGGAAAUAGUGGAGUCUUGGACAUUUGUUCGGGAAAUUUUCAAUCCUUAGAAACCUUAAUAUUAUCAAAGAAUGCAAUUCCAAAGGAAUCCAUUAGUAUGCUAUUUGAAAGUAGUAAUGGAUUAAAUUUGAAGAAAUUGAAACAUUUGGAUUUGUAUGGAAAUGAUUAUAUUCAAGUUGACGAGUUGGCAAUUCCAACUUUCAAUUCCUUAGAAACUCUAAUCUUUUCACAUAGCUAUAGGAACCCUUAUUACCACCUAUUCUGGCAAACCAAACAAUUUUCAGCAAAUUAA